GUCCGCGGUAUCAGGAAACAUUUAAAACGUCUCAAUGCGCCAAAGCAUUGGAUGCUGGACAAGCUUGGUGGCAAUUUUGCCCCACGCCCAAGCACAGGUCCGCAUAAAUUACGUGAAUGCCUCCCGUUGUCUAUCUUCAUAAGGAAUCGGUUGAAGUUUGCGCUCAACUAUGCUGAAUGCACUAAAAUAUUGGCCCAAAAGUUGAUCAAAGUAGAUGGAAAGGUGCGCACAGACAAGAAAUACCCUGCGGGUUUCAUGGAUGUCAUCAGCAUUGAGAAGACAAAUGAACACUUCCGCUUGGUUUAUGACACUAAGGGACGGUUCGCCAUACACCGUAUCCACCCAGAAGAGGCCAAGUACAAACUGUGCAAAGUACGAAAGGUUUUGAUCGCUUCUGGAGGAGUUCCUUAUUUGGUAACGCACGACGCUCGGACCAUUCGUUACCCAGAUCCCAACAUCAAAGCGAACGACACUAUCCAGGUUGACAUUGCCACCGGAAAGGUGCUCAACCACAUCAAGUUCGAACCAGGUAACAUUUGCAUGGUCACUGGUGGCCGUAACUUGGGGCGUGUUGGGACGAUCACCCAAUGGGAGCGUCACCCCGGUUCCGUGGAAAUGGUACACGUUCGCGACAGUACUGGACAGCAAUUCGUUACCCGUCUGAACAAUAUUUUUAUCAUCGGCAAAUCUAAUAAAGCCUGGAUUUCUUUGCCGAGAGGCAAGGGUAUCCGGUUGUCUAUUAUUGAGGACCGUGACCGACGCAUCAAGGCACGACGAUUGACUGCUUAA